AUGAAAAAAUUAGGUGUGAAUAAUGUUGGAGAGAAUAACCGGAGUAGUGUAAAAAAUAAAGAUGGGACUAAUAAAAAGACAAUAGAAGUGAAUAAGAAUAUGAGGAGGCUUACCUUUUUAAAUAACGAGAGUAGUGAUAGUAUAGAGGGUAAUAAGAGUAAAUAUGAUAAGAAUAAAGUAAAAGAAAUUAAUGAUGUUUUUAAGAAUUGUAUGGUUGCAUUAUCUCAUAAUAAGAUAUGUACUAGGAAUGCUUUUGAUAUACAUAUUAUAGAACAUUUAGAAGAUUUAAUAAAUUUAAAUGAUGAAGAAAUACCUGAAGAAUUAAAUGAUGAAAUGAUAGAAAAUGGAGAAUUUAAUUUAUCAUUUACACGUGCAUCUAAAGCUAUUGAAGGUGCUACAAAAGUAUAUGGUUAUAGAGUUGAAGCUAUAUAUGAUCAGACAUAUAAUUUUUUAACUAAUAUGAAUUUAGCUAAACAACUUGAAUUAGAUAAUGAUACAAUUGAUGAUAAUAAGAAUGUAAUUGAUCCUUUAAAUAAAAGAAUGAGAAAAAGAAAAUUAACAUAUUUACAAGAAUCUUCUACACUAGCUAAAUCUUCUGAUAUCAUUGUAGAUUCCUUGUCGUUGUCUAAUAUAUCUGUUGAUACCUUUUUUUUAAAAUUAAAUAGUACUUAUGACCAUUCAUGUGGUCAGAAAUAUUUAUUACCUAAUCUAAAUUUAAAUAAUGAUUUGUCUAUACAAUUUGAUGGUGAUAUUGAUGUGUGUCAAUAUAAGAAGAGAAGAAAAAAUUUGGAUGAUACUCAGAAGGAUAUUAAACAAAAAGAAAAUGUAAUUGAUAAGGAUAUUAAUGAUGAUAAUUGUGAUAAUUAUGAUAUCAUUACAUAUAAUAAUAAUAUACAUGACAAAGUUGAUGAGAAAAAAAAAAAAAAUGAUGCAGAAAUUUUGAAAAAUUCAAAAAAUAAGCAAAAUGAAUCAAAUACUACAAAUAUGGAUAGUUUUGAUAUGAAUGAACAUAAAGAAUUUUUUGAUAUAUAUAAGAAGAAAUUAUUUUUAAAUGCAGAUAUAUUAAGAGAAAUAUUAUAUGGUGGUCCUGAUGAUUUCAAUAGCUUAAAUAUAUGUCCAGAAUUAGAUUAUUUUAAAGAAGAAUUAAAAAAGCAUAAAUUGAAAAGAACGGAUUCUAAAGAUACAGAUGAAGUAGAUAAGGAAGAUGUUGAUGGUAAUUUAUAUAAUGAUGAUGAAAUGUGUAUUACAGAUAAGAAUAAUAUUAUAAAUUUUUAUGAUGAGAAUUUAGGAUGUAAUAUGAGUAAUAAUAUGUUAAUAGAAAGUAUAUAUAAUAGUGAUGCGUUAAAUGUGGAGAAAACAAAAAUGUAUGGACAGAAUGGUAGUGACAUGACAUAUGCUAAUAUGAAUGAAGAGAUAAAAAAUAAUAACAUGAAUAAUUUAAAUAUUUCUAAUUGUGAUAAUAAUGAUUUAUAUUUAGGAGAAUAUCGAAUGGAUGAUUUAAAUAUUGAAAAUAUUAUGCAAGAAUCUUUAGUGUUUGAUAAUAUGAAUUAUUCAUGUGAUAAGAAUAUAAAUUUUUCUAAUAAUGGUUUAUUACUUCAUCAAAGUAAUCAUAUGAUGGAUGGAAUGGAUUUUCCAGAAUUAAUAAACAGUGAAAAGAAAGAAUUAUUUUUAGGAAAUACACAAAUAAAUAAUGAGCAUUAUUUAUUAAAAAAUAAUGAUAUUAUAAAUAAAAGAGAUAGUAUUAUAUCAGAAGUACCAGAUGAUGAUACAUUAUGGAAUCGUAGUGUUAUGACAUUUGAAAAUAGAAUAAAUGCUAUAGAUAUAAAUAAUGAUUUUAAUUAUCAUUAUUAUAUGCCUAGUAAAUUAAUGAUGAUGGGUAAUUUUAGAAAUUUAAUAGAUAUUAAUAAAAAUCUUACAAAUAAUAUUAAUAAUAAUAAUAAUAAUAAGUCAACUAUAUUACAAAGUAUAAUUAUGCAAAAGAAAAUGAAAGAUGUUUUUGAUGUUACUAGUAUAGAUUUUGAAAAUCUUUAUAUUGAAAAUAAUAAUAUCGAAUUAUCUACAUAUGAUUUAUGGAAGAAAGAAAAAAAGAAAUAUGUUUCUAAUGCAUUAUUUUGUAUUGAUCAAACAUCCUAUAUUUUUGAUACACGUGAAAAUUGUGUUAACUGUGUAAAUACUGUAGCAGAUAAAAUUAUGAAGUUUUCAAAAUUUUGUGUAUAUCCGGAUUUCUUGCAUGCAUCUAAUAAGAAUAAGAAUAAACACAAUAAUAUGAUCAACAAUAAUAAUAAUAAUAAUAGUAAUAAUAAUAUGAAUGUUAUAUUGAAUGAAGUAAAUGAUGAUAAUAUUCUAAAUGAUAUAGAUCCUAUAAAUCAAUAUGAUUUUAAUAACAAUAUUGAUCAUUUUGAUAUGGAUAAUAUAGACGAUAUGAAUGAUGGGCAGACACAACAAGGUUUAAAUGAGGCAAUCGAUAAAUUUUAUAAUAUGGAUUUUGAUAAUAUAUGGACACAUAAUGAUAAUAAAAAUAAUAUUAAUAUGAAUAACAAUAAUAAUUUAAAUAAUAGUACAUAUAAUAAUAAUAAUAGUAAUAAUUUGAGUUUGUUUAAAAAACAUAGUAAUUUCUUCAAUAAUACUUUAUUUCAAUUUCAUCAUUCAAAUACUUUUGGUAGUGUGCCCUUUGAAAAUAUUUCCAAAUUUGUAGAUGUAGCUAAAAUUAAAAAUAUUUUAUGUGAUAUAGUUAAGCCGAAUGAAGAAGAAGAAAAGGACAACAAAAAUGAUUCCAUAUGUGAUUAUCAAACAGAGAAGGAUAACCAAAUUGUUACUUAUACGGCUGAGAAAACGACAACCUUUGAAGAAAUCGUCAAGGAGACUACGGCAAAAUUGAAUGAAUCAGAGGCAAGUAGCACUUCAAUACACAUGUUAUUCGUAUGUCUUUUAUAUACUUGCAAUGACCAAGAACUAUUAUUAGAAAAAAUACCGAAUCAAAAUAAUUUUUAUGUUCGAUAUGGUUUACCUGCAGAAUGUCAUGUAAAUCAAGAUGACGUACCAAUGUUAAAAAAUUGA